CGACUUUUCUUAGGAGAGUGGAUAAAUCUAAGGGACACUACUGUAGAAAAGCUGAUCGGCGAUGUGAGUUGAAACAAGAAAAUAGUUAAUGCAGCUUAUAUAAUGCAAAUAAAAAAAGACCAGACGCUUGCACUUAUAAGGAAUCAUGUACCAGAAGCAUAGAACAAGAUACGGAAGGAAAAAGCAGUGUUCUUCAGAUGACACAUCUCUAAAAAAUGAAUUUCAAAAUCAAAACACGGGCACACCUGACAGCCAACAAUGCCCAACUGCUAGUGUUGUCAUUGCUUCUUCUUCAGCAUGUUCACAUCACAUACCGUCAGGAACAUCGCUCUGUCAAAUAGUUAGUAAGGCAAAAGAUCGCAGUAGUUGUGACCUUGGAGAAAGUAAUCAGUCCUCAGAUACUAAUAAAAGACCUAGCUUUUCAAGAAAAGAUGCAUUAUCGACCAAGUCUAUGUGUGAAUCAACAGCACAGAGCACCGUAACUCAAGCUUUGCGUAAAGGAAUUAGAUCAACGGAUAAUAAUACAAGCAGCUGUCAUGGUCAUGGUCAUCAACAAGCUGAAACAAAGAGACCAAAGAAAGGCCUUAGCCCUACCAAAGGUCAAACAUCUGGGAAUAGACAGACCCAUUGGAGGAAAUCAGUUGGUGGACAUCCAGUUAACGUCAGUACAGGCAAUGCAAGUGUUACUGGCUGGGGUUCAUACAAAGAGCAUACUGAAAGAAGAAGGUAUGGUCAACGCAAAGCUGAAAAUUUGAAAAAGCAAAUGUAUGAUCAUGGCACUGGGAAACACAAUAAACAAAGAGUCAAGAGCAGACAUGUGAAGUACUCUGGCCCCCAGAAGGUAUCGAGGCUGAAUGACACAAAGCAUUCUUGCAAUCAGAGUGAAAUUAAUAAUAGCAGCACAUCCACUUCAGAGCUGGGCAACAGUUCAGUUGCCCAGGCUUGUGACACAGCCCUUGAAAUUCCAGGAUUUUACUAUGAUGAUGUGAAGAAAAGAUAUUUCAAGAUCCUGCCAAGUCAUGGGAACGUUAACAUUAUUACAAGGGAAGGACUGGCCAAGCAAAAGGCUGAAUUACAGCGUCAGAAAGAUUUGCAGUCUAUGAACUCUAAUCAUUUGGUUAAAUCCCUUGCUACAUCCAAACCAGGACUAUCCUCAAAACAUUGCAGCUCAGUAAUGUCCUUGGCCAAUAUUUUUAUGAGCGGUUACCAGAAGGGAGAGUACAGCCAGUCAGUACUUGAGAGAAAACUGACACAAAUGAAUGCUACUAACCUAAGACAGGUCAGCCACAAAUCUGUCUUUAGUGAACCACUGGGAGUGUAUGAAAGAAUAGAGCACACGCUGCAGCUGGAGUCCAGCAAAGAGCAUGACAAGCUUCUUUGCCAUUGGUCUAUUAAAGACAGCAUGAUUCAGCGUCUUCAGCUAGUAACUGUUAAGGAGGUUCCAAGAACUCGACCUGGUCACAUGUCUGUGGCAUUUGACCCUGGUCAUACUACAGUGCUGCAGUCGUGGAAUAAGAUAACCAAUGUUUGCUGGUCAGAUUUUCCUCAGUAUCCAGGGAAAAAGUACAUCUUGUACACUACUAUGUGCCACACAAGCCAGGCUGUCAGUCUUGCUUUCAUCCGCAACAUGGACCCUGCUUACAGGGAUGAAGUGCAUUACUUUGAUUUUAACCUUGGCCAUCGUGCAACCUGGACAUGUGCCUGGAACCGUCAGAAGCAGCAGUUUGGUGUUGGAACAGAGAAAGGAUGUCUUGUCAUUGAUGUUAACACAAGAUGUCUUUGGCAGUUUAAGACCUUAAACAGUGAUGCAAUAGCACAAGUCUUCUCCCAGGAUGAUGGGAAUCUGAUGUAUACAGGAACACGGCGAGGCAAUAUUCUGUUACAUGAUCUACGCAGCAGAAGCACUUUCCCCCAGACACUUAUGUGUCACAAGUCCAGCAUCAGCUAUCUGCGGCUUUCUCCUGAUGAUGCCUACCUCUAUGCCAGUGAUUUUAGUGGAAAGAUCCACAAGUGGGAUAUGCGCAAUCGUGAGCCAGUUGUAAGCUAUGAUGGCCUCUUCAACGAGUACACCAAACUUCCGUUUCACAUUGAUGAGACACAGUCACUGUUAUAUGGAACUGGUCAGGACUGCUACACUAAGUUCUGGUGUCUGAAGACGGGAAAGUUGCUGCGGACUAUCCCUCCUCCAUGCCCAGCUUCAAGGGAGACCAUUCCAGCAGUUCAGUACUCUUCCCAGUGGGGAUGUGCUAAGGGCAACCAGGGACUGAUCAUGGGACAGAACGACACAUUUUAUCUUUAUAGCUGUGGUGUUGAAGAUUCUGAAAACUGAUCAAGCAGAAGCAUGCUACACUGGUGAUGCUGAAAUUUUGUGUUUUGGAAAAAGCUCUUGACGCAGUCACCGUGUUACCAGUAAAAUGGAAGCAAAGGGAGAAAGAUGCAUAAUCUAUGUCUACCUUUGACUGUUCUAUGCUUUGUGAUUUACAAGCGGUACUUUCCAUCUUGCCUCCAGAAAUGUGUUAGUGUGCACUGCAUUAAACCUCUGCGUUCGAAAUGGCACAUGUUGCCGUGACUUUGAUGAAGUUAGUGUGUCAGAAAGUUUGGUAGCAGAUAGUACAAAAUGAUGUCUUUUUAAAGGUUGUCUCUCGAGUACGAUUUUGAAAAUCAUUAUUUUAAUGCAUUCUCUAUUCUUUUCUAGUCGUUUGAUAAAAGUCUGGAAAAUUGUUGAAUACAUUUGUUUUUAAACUGGAUGGAAUACUUCUGUAGCACCAAGUUACAUUUUAUAAUGAGCAGCAAAAGCUGAACAGACUGUGAUCAACUGAUAAUUUAAUCCAAAUAACCUUAACAGCAUCUGUUAAAUAUUUGUUUGAUUCAGCAGUAAGAAAACUGUGAAAACAU